CGCUCCUGCGGGUUCUCUGCGCGUCCCAGUCAUGUGACAACACCUCACCACGCCUGCGCAAAGAAAUACAAGAUGGCGGAGAGUGCGGAACUGAAGCAAAUGGUGAUGAGCCUGCGGGUGUCGGAGCUGCAGGUGCUGCUGGGCUACGCCGGGCGCAACAAGCACGGACGCAAGCACGAGCUGCUGACCAAGGCGCUGCAUCUGCUGAAAGCCGGCUGCAGCCCCGCCGUGCACAUGAAGAUCAAAGAGCUCUACCGAAGACGUUUCCCGGCCAAAAUGGUCUCCCACUCAGAGCUGGCCUUGCCUGGGCCGCACCACCCGGCCACAGCUGGAGUGGUCGGGGGAGGGGGCGCGGCGCUGCCUGCUGGCCUGACGCAGCUGGCUUACGAGGGUCACGCCGGUCACGGUGGAGCCCCAUCGCCUGCUGCGUUACUGCCGCUCUCGCUACUCGGCCCCGGGAAACACGAGCUGACCGGGCUGACGCACCACCUGCCCACCUCGGCGACGCUGCAUCCGGUGCAUCCAGAUGUUAAGCUCCAGAGGCUGCCCUUCUAUGACAUGCUGGACGAACUCAUCAAGCCCACGAGUCUAGCGUCAGACAACAGCCAGCGGUUUCAGGAGACAUGUUUCGCCUUCGCUUUAACGCCGCAGCAAGUUCAGCAGAUCAGCAGCUCAAUGGACAUCUCGGGGACCAAAUGUGACUUCUCAGUUCAGGUUCAGUUGCGGUUUUGCCUGUCGGAGACCAGCUGUCCUCAGGAAGACCAUUUCCCCCCCAAUCUGUGUGUGAAAGUAAACGGGAAGCCGUGCAACCUGCCGGGUUAUCUUCCUCCAACCAAAAACGGUGUCGAGCCCAAGCGGCCCAGCCGCCCAAUCAACAUUACCUCACUGGUCAGAUUGUCCACCACAGUCCCCAAUACCAUCGUGGUGUCGUGGACCGCUGAGAUCGGAAGGAGUUACUCGAUGGCGGUGUACUUGGUGAAGCAGCAGUCGUCCACAGUGCUGUUACAGAGACUGCGAGCUAAAGGCAUCAGAAACCCAGACCACUCCAGAGCACUCAUAAAAGAGAAGCUAACAGCCGACCCAGACAGCGAAAUAGCCACAACCAGCCUUCGAGUGUCACUCCUCUGCCCGCUGGGGAAGAUGCGGCUGAUGAUCCCGUGCCGUGCGCUGACAUGUUCCCACCUGCAGUGCUUCGACGCCACACUUUACAUCCAGAUGAAUGAGAAGAAGCCCACCUGGGUGUGUCCCGUCUGCGACAAGAAGGCGCCGUACGAGCAUCUCAUCAUUGACGGGCUUUUUGUGGAGAUCCUCAAUAGCUGCACGGACUGUGAUGAGAUCCAGUUUAAGGAGGAUGGCAGCUGGGCCCCCAUGAGGUCUAAGAAGGAAGUGCAGGAGGUGUCCUCUGCUUCCUAUAACAACGGUCUGGAUGGCUCAUGCCGGACCUCCGCAGGCUCAGAUCAGCGGAGCUCCUCGGCGUCCAGCCACGGAGGCAGCGACAGCAGCAACGGCAAGAAAGUGGAAGUGAUCGACUUGACACUGGACAGCUCCUCAGACGACGAAGGACCGGAUUCGCCUCCGCCGCCGCCCCCAACGCUGCCUCCUCCUAUCAAAAGAGCGUGCCCUUCGAUGUCCCCGACCUCGCCACCUGUCAUCAACAAAGGCGUGUUGAACCUGCACCAUCAGGCCUCUCCUGUGAGCCGUACCCCCAGCAUGCCCGGGAUAGACACCAGCUACAUCCCUCCUGUCCCCCCGCUCAUCCAGGACUACAGGCCCUACUACCACACCCCCAAUGACCUUUCAGAGUUGAAUUUUUUCUCUUUUCUUCAAGGGGACAAUCAUCCGCAUUACAACAUGGUUAUGGCAGCGGCGGCGGCUGCCUCGGCCUCAGAAGACCACGAGCUGCUUCUCAACCGCUUCAUGCCCUACACCACCUCCUCCUCCGCCUCCCACCUGUUCCUCGACCAAUCGGCAGCCUCCUCUGCGCCUUCGCUGACAGCGCCGACCAACGGGGCGAGCAAUUCGGGCAGCACCAGCAGCCUGGUCUCGUCCAGCAGCCUCCGUGACACUCACUCGACACACUCGUCCUCACAUUCGAGCUCACACUCCUCACACACGCAUCCCGGGGUGGUGGCCAGGAGCAGCACUGAAGCAGCGGUGGCGGCUAUUUACGGCGGGAUACCCGAUGUUAUAUCGUUGGACUGACCCUGGAUGAGUGGAGACGACGGCGCGGGCACAGCUGGAAUCCAGUAACAAAACCCGAUCACAAACUCAACCGCGAGGGGUGACUUUUAAGAAACUAGACUCUGCCCCACCCCAACCCCACCCUCCCCUGAGUCAUCAAACUCUGAACGUUCGAGGAGCCGUGACGACGAGUCGGUCUCAAGAAGAGCACUAAUAAUAUGAGCGGACAACUGACCCGAGUCCACUCCCGAGUCAUCGCUUAAAGGUGUGGACAUUGUGUUGGUGUGCUGACUUCAGAUCAGAAACCUGUCCAGCAUGUGAACCCACGUUACUGCUAUACUGGUACCAACCCGGCACAACGAGCAAAGAUGCUACCUGAGCAAAAACACAAAGGAGGGGGGAACAAAAAGCUCUUUUCUCUUUUUUUCUUUUUUUUUAAUAAAAACAAAGGAGCGGCACCGUGUACAGAGAACAGAAUCUAUUUUCCUCUUUUACUUUUGUAUGUUAAAUCGGGACAAUUUCAGUCUAGUGAGCUACUUCAGUCGCUGUUUGUAAGUGGAGGACUGAGUCGGAUUUUAUUUUUUUGUGUGUGUUCUCACACAAACACGAGCUCAUUCAUAUGCCUGUUGCCAUGUGGUUUCCUCUCUUUUAGCUAUACGCCGUUUCCAGAUGUCGGAUUUGCAUUUCUCCGAUCUAAACUUCACUUCUCUCUGCGUGCUGUUCUCUUUUUCUCUCGUUCAAACUCACGGCAUUUUGUGUCUCUCUCCAACGACGGGAGCUUUUCAGACGCUGAAUAUACAGUUUAUUCAUGUGCUAAUAAUUUUAUUAUGCUUUUAAGUUAUGUAUGAUAUUUAAGCCUUUAGAAAUAUAAAUAUAUAGAUAUAUAUAUGAAUAUAUAUGCAUUCCCUUUGACCUUCAGGUUGAUGCUGUGGGGAGUGUGGAAUUAGCCAUUUCCAUUUUAUUUUAAUUUUUUUCAUUUCCUCUCCUCAAUUCCCGCCUCCUUUUAGAGAGACUACCUGCAGACAGCAUUUAGAAGUGAAACUAUUUAUACCUGCCAGUUUAGAGUUUUUCGAUGGAACAGUUUCAGUUGUUUAUCUCAUUUGCACAAUGCCAAAAAAAAAAACCCCACACACACACAUGGUACCUGAAUAUGAUCAAAAUAAUCAAGAGGGUAGUUUGAUCUGUGCGUCACAGUCUUUUCAGUCUGCUGUCUUCACUUUCAGCCACUUAAUCCUCUGCCCCCUCGUUACUCGUCUUCUCUGUUGAUGGUGAAGGUCAAAUUGAUGUUGUAGCAGCGUCAGGCCUUUUUAAAGAUACAGGCGUCCAUAGCACGUGACCAAGCUUAAAGUAGUGCCUGUUUUUUUUUUGUUUUGGGGGGGGGGUUGUUGUUGUUUUUUGCUCAGAUUAACGUCUUAAAAGUUUACCCACAACCCCUGCCCCACUUUCCUUUUAAAGCAUCUUCUGAAGAUCGGACCUGUGACUGAUAUCAUCUCAGGAGAUUUCUUUGGGAAAAGCAGAUAAUAGUGGGACACGGUUGAAGAAGGCAAUCUCAGCUUGUCCCUUUUUAGACCGGGCACCGAGCCAGAUGGUUUAAAAAUACAUUGCCUGUCUGCUUCUUAAAAGAAAAAAACCUCUGCGAUGUUCAGAGCGUGAUGUGGAAGUGUCAGAGCAGCGCAGCGGUUUUAGGACGUCGUUAACGUUCAGCUUAAAAAAGUGAAAGGUUUGCAGUUUUAAGACUGGACACGCUUGCGCUCUCUGCUCCCCUCAGGUUAUUAACAGAUCCAUGUUGCAGAGAUCCUCUGUAAUCUGGUCACAUUACUGGUGACACCGUUAAUCCCGGUGCCCGUGCAGCACACCCCACCUCCCCCCUUCUCUGUGUCCUUGAAACUUUCCCAGAGUCCCCGGUUAUCUGUCUCUCUUAGACGCUCUUCUUCCAGAGGUCGGACACGGGCACCUCCCGUCAGAGGCUAAUUAUCCCCGCCACCGUGAGAUAAUCGCUUCUGACAGCAAAACCCAUCACAUCAGAUCCUCUGCCCCGUCCCUCCACUCUCGACAGACCAGAUACAUCCCACACCCCGCCUUCCCUGUCUCGGCCUCUGCGGCUCUCUCUUGGCAUUUGUAAAUCUUUUCCCCGGUCUUCUCAUGGGAACCCGCCCCCCACCUCUCAGACUGACUCAGUCGUUUGCCGGAACAAGUCUCGUCUGUGUCGUGUAUGUCGUGCAGUAUUUUAUUUAUUUUGUAUUCGUAUUUCUGUACAUUAUAUUUUUACAUAAUGUUUGAAUUCCAUGACUGAGAGCGUGUGAGUCUCCGGGAACUGAUGUUAUAUGACUUUAUUUCAUGUGCGUUUCACUUCUUUUUUUUUUUUCCUGCCAGCAGCACAACUUCUCAGAAAGGUGUUGUGUAGUCGCUCAUAAAUAGAAAUGACGCGUGUGUGUGCGUGCGUGUGUGUGUUUUCUCUGGAGCUGACUUGGCACAAAACACAUGCGUUAUUAUUACGCACUUGAUUUAAUGUGCUUCGGGUUCCUGCUGCUUACCGCUAAGAAUGACCGAGUCGGUGUGAGUGAACACCCGAUGGGUCAUCAGUGAACAGUUUAAUGAAGAGUUACUGUAGACAUUCGUUGAAACGCUGCUUUGUUCUGUCGGGAAUUUAAAAGUGUUUCUAUUCAAGUGGCGGUCACGUGCAGGUUUAGGAAUGUUUGCUGCUUUGGCCAGGCGGAAGCAAAACCUUUCAGAGCCUUUAGUGUCAAAAGAUUUAAAGCCUUUCGCUGUGUUCCCACAGCUGCCGUCAAGCUUUAGCUCAUCUCAGUGAAACAUUAAUCCCCCUUCAAUAACAACAAGAAGCUAUAAUGAAAAAAAAGAAAAAGGUUCAGAUAGACCACAGAGUUAAGAUCACCCCAACCCCAGCAGAUCAGCUGAUCUCAAAGCCAGGCCCAGUCACCUGAAGCACCUGCAAGCCGCUUUGCAACCCACCUUAAUCCCAGCUCCAUCUUUAAACCAGCGCGUGACGUAAUCCCACAUCUCCAGCUCUCCAUCCAUGUGUAAGCGAGGAAGGUCUCAGCACAGAGCCACAGCAGCAAAGAUAAAUGAUUGCAGGAAUAAAAAUUAGUAUUUUGGAUUUAGUGAUCCUCACUUGAAUAGCUGUUUAAGUUGAACCACUUUGUAUUCUGUCAGAGUUGCUAAUCUUAUUUCAAAUUCUCCUUGUGUUUUUAAUGAGUAUAAAUUAAAAAACAAAAACACCUCCUCCAUCUUUAAACUGUUGGGUGGGGAGUCUGCACAGUGUUUGGCUCCAAGUGCUAAUUUAAUUCUUCGAUGCGUGGGAUCUUCCUCAGGCAGUUUGUCAGAGAAGACAGAUUUUCUAAAUGUUCCAAUCGAUGCACGUCUCUGAUACCUGGAACCAGCCUAAAAACACCUGGUCAUGUGCAUACAGGCUUGUCAUUAUACCAGAUUUCCACUUCACGAUUGAUGGCGAUUUUAUUGUUAUAUUCGCAGAAAAUCAGGUGAAAAGCUGCUGCCGAUCAGAUUAAUCUGUAGAUCUGUUUGUGUGUUUUGUGCCAGGAUCUUCAGAUAGCAGAGAGUCUCCAACCAUAACUGUAGGCAAAGAGGAACCACAUUAUUUAUGAUAUUGUUACCAUUAUGUCAAUAUUUAACUUUGUUGGGUUUUUUUGUUUUGUUCUUUUGAUGGUUGUCACCCAUGAGAACCAUGUCACGUAGGCAGGACGCUGCAUGCGAAAGCAUUCGUUGUGGAAAUCGUGUGGAUUUCACUCCCAAAGUGAACUGUUGCCGUUCGCUUGCGGCUCAGUCUCAGUGAGUUGAUCGUUUCUGAGCAGCAGGAACUACGUGAGCCUGUGCGUUUGUGCCUUUAUCUCAGCUCCCCUGGCUUGCUUUGCUGGUAAAACCUUCGGUCUUUCACUUUCUCUCACGUCUGUUUUAUAACUAAGCAGCAGUGUUUGGAUACUUGAUGAGGUGGUCACAGUAACUGAAUGAAUCCCCAUCACCGUCUUAAUUUAUUGAAACGUCCUUCGUGGCACUCGUUGGCAGCAGGUCACGAUGGCAACAUGAAGUGGGAAAACAGACCGGGUUGAAUGUGUUUGUGUUGAAGGUGGGGAAAGGUCCGAUCCUCCUCCCCCUCCGUCAUGUGUCCGCUGCUCCCUCCUCCUGUGGUUUCAUUAGCGGGAAAUGUUUAGGGCGAAGCAGUCUUUAUUGAGCUGGGUUUAUUUCACUCUAACAAACAGGAUGGAUAAGCACAAGGUCGCGGCUUUCUGAGUCCCUCCUCAGCAUCACACACACACGUGUGAACAGAGAACAUAUGGAAUAAGGCCACCUUUUUUUUUUAAAGCAGUAGUUACUCUUAAGUAUGUUUUCAAAAGAACUCCACAGUCAGCCUCGACAAGCAGCUCAACUCUUUGGUUGUCAUGACCUUAAACAAAAGGGAAAAAUCAGCGACGUGUAUAUUAUGUUCGUGUGGAACCCUGAAAACUGAAAGAUUCAGAUCCAGACGUGGGUGUUUGAUGUCCGUUUGUAUGCUUUUGUGCGUCGAUUCAGAGCGAGAGAAUAAAAUAAUUUAUAUAUUUUUUAGAAAAUGGAAGCUGUACUAUUAUUUAAAAAACAAAAACCAACAAAAAAACAAGGAAAAGAAAAAAAAAAAAAUACGACCGUGGCCAAUAACGAGUUCCACGCUAUGAAAACGAUAUCAAAGUCAGACUCGAGACGACAUCUGCACUCACUGCCUUAAAACAUUCACAGGUUCUGUUUCGUGGCUCCAAUCUGGAAAACAAACAAUAAAGGAGGGAAAGGAGAAGACGGUGUACAGUUAGACCCGUGUCAGUUUGUACAAAUAUACCAAGUGGGGGAAAAAAAAUAUUUAUUACCUGCAUUGGAAGAAAUUGUUUACUUAUUGAAUGUUACUUGUUUAUGUAGAAAAGUUUAGAUGUAAUAAAAUGCAUUCUGCUA